AUUGGCUCCAGGGCACUUCCUCUGAUUUAGGAAGGCAAGGCCCUGGAUAAGAAUGACAAGACGAUCAUUCCAAAAGGACGAAUCCUGAUGAUUCUCUCUGGAAUCUCCAGUGGAUGAUUUUCUCUGGGACCAUAGCAGUUUCAAGAAAUUGCCUGCUUCGAAAUUAUACCCCGUCAUGGAUGCUAAUGAUGACCCUGAUGAAGAUCAUCUUACAAGUUAUGAUGUUCAGCUCAGUAUUCAAGAAUCUAUUGAAGCCAGCAAGACUGUAUUUUAUCCUGAAAGAUUUGUACCACUAAGCAAUCAGAACAGAAAGCUUGUGGAGGCCAUACAACAAGGUCACAUUCUUGAGCUCCAGGAGUAUGUGAAAUAUAAACAUGCUUUGGAUGAAGCUGAUGAAAAAGGAUGGUUUCCAUUGCAUGAAGCUGUUGUCCAACCCAUUCAGCAGAUACUUGAAGUUGUCUUGGAUGCAUCUUAUAAGACGCUCUGGGAGUUCAAGACCUCUGAUGGAGAAACACCUUUGACUUUGGCAGUCAAAGCUGGUCUGGUGGAAAAUGUAAGAACUUUACUAGAGAAAGGAGUGUGGCCAAACACCAAAAAUGACAAAGGAGAGACGCCCCUUCUGCUUGCUGUUAAAAGAGGCUCCUAUGACAUGGUGUCUGCUCUGCUUAAACACAACACCAGUCUUGACCAGCCCUGUGUGAAGCGAUGGUCAGCAAUGCAUGAAGCAGCCAAACAAGGCCGCAAAGACAUCAUAGCUCUGCUACUAAACAAUGGAGGCAAUGUCCACCUAAAAGAUGGAUUUGGAGUGACCCCGUUAGGUGUUGCGGCCGAGUAUGGUCACUGUGAUGUUUUGGAACAUCUGAUCCACAAAGGAGGUGAUGUGCUUGCUUUGGCGGAUGAUGGUGCAUCGGUGUUGUUUGAGGCAGCAGGAGGGGGCAAUCCUGACUGCAUCUCCCUCCUGCUGGAAUAUGGAGGAAGUGGAAACACACCUAACAGAGCAGGGCAUCUUCCUAUACACCGAGCUGCCUAUGAGGGACAUUACCUUGCACUGAAAUAUCUUAUUCCAGUAACAUCCAAACAUGCAAUCCAGAAAAGUGGGCUAACACCAAUUCACUCAGCAGCAGAUGGACAAAAUGCACAGUGCCUAGAACUGCUUAUUGAAAAUGGCUUUGAUGUCAAUAGCCUGCUUUCUGACCACAUUUCUGAGAGCUAUGAUGACGAACGGAAGACUGCGCUCUAUUUUGCUGUUUGCAAUAAUGAUAUCCUUUGCACAGAAAUCCUCCUGGCUGCAGGUGCAGACCCAAACCUAGAUCCCCUCAACUGUCUACUGGUGGCAGUGAGGGCCAGUAAUCAUGAAAUUGUCCGGCUGCUUCUUGCCCAUGGAGCUAAUGUUAAUUGUUACUUCAUGCAUGUGAAUGACACUCGUUUCCCCAGUGCCAUACAGUAUGCCCUAAAUGACGAGGUAAUGCUCAGGCUAUUGCUGAAUAAUGGCUAUCAGGUGGAGAUGUGCUUCGAAUGCAUGCAUGGGGACAUCUUUGGAAACUCGUUUGUGUGGUCGGAGAUAGAGGAAGAGGUACUGCCGGGAUGGACAUCUUGUGUCAUAAAAGAUAACCCGUUCUGUGAGUUUAUUACAGUCCCCUGGAUGAAGCACUUGGUAGGCAGUGUUAUUCGUGUAUUAAUAGAUUACAUGGAUUAUAUCCCUCUGUGUGCUAAACUGAAGUCUGCACUAGAAGUACAGAGAGAAUGGCCAGAAAUCCGUCAAAUACUAGAGAAUCCAUGCUCAUUAAAGCAUUUAUGUCGGUUAAAAAUUCGAAGACUGAUGGGGCUACAGCGGCUCUGCCAGCCAACCUCGAUGGAGAAGCUCUCUCUACCACCAACUAUUCAAAGAUACAUAUUAUUUAAAGAGUAUGACCUCUAUGGACAAGGGCUAAAACUGCCAUAAUUUAAAAUAAUAUUUUUAAAUGUGACUUUAAAAAUAUGUUUAAAUGAGAUUCCCUCCGAGAAUUUCUUGGAAUCGUUUUACAUCCUGACAUAUAUUUAAAUCCAUUGACAAUUUUAUAACUGGAUCCUGGGUUCUUUGGGGAACACCAUAUUUCACAUCUUUAAAGAACUUUACAUUGUGAUUUUUUUAAAAGAGAGUUAAUAUUUUGCAUGUGAUUUUCUAUUGAUUAUCUUUGCUCGCAACAAGUCUUCAAACUCUCCUUAUCAGGUGGCUCCUACAGUAUCCAUGAGCAAGUCUCUCCUAUGUUCGUAAAACAAUCAGUCACUUUCUCAAACCCCAGUUGCUGGCCCAUUCUAUCCUUUCUCUUAUUGCCACACUGUAUAAAAGAGCUCCUCCCUGUCUCUGCAGAUGCCCUCAUUGUCAUCUGGCUUCUACUCCCUCCACUGCCCUUCCCAAGGUCCUUAUCAACUUGCUUGUUGCUACUUUCCGUGAGCAUCCUCCAGUCUUUGCAACUGAUUGCUGCCGCAUCUGACACUAUUACCUACUCUUCUCCAGGAAAUGGUCUUCCCUUGGUUUUCCAGGUAUCUUGUUCUCUUGGCUCUCUUCCAGCCAGUCUAACCACUCUGUUUCUGGCUUCUUUCUAUGUUGUGCACCUCCUACCAACUCUUUAGUAACAUAUCUUAAGUUCUCUUUUUUUACGCUCCAUUCAACAGGACAUUUCAUCCAUACCCAUGGUUUUAUUUACAACCUACAUGUUUUUUGACUGUAAAUUUAUAUCUGAAGUUCAACUUUUUCUCUCAUGCGCAUGAGACCUGUGUAGACAAUUGGCCUAAAGGACCUUUGAACGCAAAGGAACCUCAAAUUCAACAUAUCCUAAAGCAAAUGUGCUGUCUUCCUCCACAAAAAAA